AGCGCUGUGCACCUAUAUAAGUUUCCGCGUCUGUGACAAAGCGCAGUGUAUCCCGCGCCCACGGUGGGAGGUUAGGAUGUCAGCGCCAAAAGCCCCGGGGGAUGCGCAAGGCGACGCCGACGGCGACGACCUUUCCGGAGACCUCCGUAGUGUGCUGGUCACCAGCGUGCUCAACCUGGAGCCGCUAGAUGAGGAUCUCUUCAGAGGAAGGCAUUACUGGGUACCCACCACCCAGCGGCUCUUUGGGGGUCAAAUUGUGGGCCAAGCCCUGGUGGCUGCUGCCAAGUCUGUGAGUGAGGACGUCCACGUGCACUCCCUGCACUGCUACUUUGUCCGGGCAGGGGACCCAAAGGUGCCAGUGCUAUACCAUGUGGAACGGACGCGAACAGGCGCAAGUUUCUCAGUGCGCUCCGUGAAGGCCGUGCAGCAUGGUAAAGCCAUCUUUAUCUGCCAGGCCUCCUUCCAGCAGAUGCAGCCCAGCCCCCUGCAGCACCAGUUUUCCAUGCCCACUGUGCCUCCACCAGAAGAGCUGCUGGGCCACGAGGCCCUCAUCGACCAGUAUUUAAGGGACCCUAACCUCCACAAGAAAUUCCAAGUGGGGCUGAACCGAAUUGCUGCCCAGGAGGUACCUAUUGAGAUCAAAAUGGUGAACCCACCCAGCCAGCUGAGUCAGCUGCGAACACUGGAGCCCAAACAGAUGUUCUGGGUGCGAGCCCGGGGCUAUAUUGGGGAGGGCGACAUCAAGAUGCACUGCUGUGUGGCUGCUUACAUCUCUGACUACGCCUUCCUGGGUACAGCAUUGCUGCCCCACCAGUUCAAGUAUAAAGUGAACUUCAUGGUCUCACUGGACCACUCCAUGUGGUUCCACGCCCCAUUUCGAGCUGACCACUGGAUGCUCUAUGAGUGCGAGAGCCCCUGGGCUGGUAUUCAUGUUGUCUUCAGAGGUAUUCUACAUGCCAGGAAUGAUUGAGUUUCUCUCAGAGACCCAGCGCAGGGAGGGGCAAAGUUUCAUUAUGGAGCUCUGACUUGCCUAGAAUUUACUGAGAUCCACAUCUCUGCUCCCCAGCCCUGUCUUAUGUAACCCCUGCUUGUCUUGAACUCUUUAUAGAGUGGAUUUUGGCCUGGAACUCCUGAUCCUCCUGCCUCCACCUCCCAAGUGCAGGAGCCACCACACCCUGCUGCUUUUUUUUUUCUCAUCUAAAUAAAUAGGGUUAUAUUAGUACUGUCUAAACCUAGUAAACCACCAUGCUGCCACUUGAGGGAGCUUUUUCUAAACAGAUUACAGUCUGCCCCAGCAGGUCCUGGAUCAGGUCCAAGAAACUGCCCUUUUUGUUUGUUUGCUUGGUUUUGGUUUUUUCAAGACAGGAUUUCUGUGUAUAGCUCUGGCUGUCCCAGAACUUGCUCUGUAGACCAGGCUGGCCUUGAACUCAGAGAUCCGCAUGCUUCUGCCUCCCAAGUGCUGGGAUUAGAAGCAUAUGCCACCAUGCCCAGCUGUAAACUGUGUUUUAAGGAGCUCCCUGAGUGAUUCCCUGAGUUGGCAAGAUGGAGCAGGGCACUCAGUGGUCUCUAAGGAUGCUCCUGUAGGGAACUGAGAGAAACUCAGACUCAUUGAUGUCUCGUGUUAGAGCCCUGGCUCUUUUAUAAUGAAGUACACGUCAAAGGAAGAAAAGCUUUGCUUUAUAAAACGGACAAAACUUAAAUAACCCCUUGCAGUCAGGAAAGGGUUACUCAGAUGCCAGCAGCAGCACAGAACAGGGUCCACAACUUUGAAGUUAGGACACUCGGUCAGCUUUGGCCUGACCCUCGGGGCCAAGCCUGAGCCUCUGAGCACUUUAGUGUCCCUGUCUACGAGACAGACAGUACAAGAAACGAAGCCCCGCGUUCUCUGGCUAUGGUUAGAUCCGCGUGGGCCCUGCUGUGUGUAAAGAAAGCUCGAGUUAGCUUCCUGAAGGUAACUAACUCAGGACAGUCACCAAGGUUAAGAACCUCUAGAUGAAGGGGGAGAGAGGCCAUUACCUCAUGGUCUCAGGUCCUCUCUGAGCUACCCCCUCCCUUGGUGGUGGAUGACCAGCUGGGAGGACUUGCUUAUCAUUAAAGGAAAGAAUGGGAUUUCUGACCAGUGGCCAGAGAAGCAGCAGUCUGCUUAGCCAAGCCUGUGGAGGCUGUUUCUCUGGGAUCUUUAGAGGAACUGAGCAGUUAUGUGAAAGUGCUUUGGGGCCAUCAAGUGGCUGUAACAGCUCACAAAGGGGCAUUUGGAGUAGUUAUAUUCCAGUGUGCCCUUAGGUGGGGCAGCUCUGCCCUAUGUCAGACCCCUCCACGACAAAGCAGGCUAUGCUAAAGCAGAGGCCAUUCUCUCCCUUCUUGCACACAGGUGGCUCACGAGGGCUAGUGCACGGGCGGCUGUGGCGUCGGGAUGGGGUCCUCGCUGUGACCUGUGCCCAAGAGGGUGUGAUCAGAUUGAAGCCUCAAGUGUCUGCGAGUAAACUGUAGUCAAAGAUAACUGGCUUGGCCUGGGGUUAAAAGAAUUCUUUCUACUGCCAUUCCUGAGGCAGGAGUCACAGUUGAGAGCUGGGUUUCCUGCCUGACAUUCAAUAAAGAGAUUGCUAACACUGAA